AUGACGUUGGGUCUGCGGAUUGCCAUUGACCGAGGCGGCACGUUUACCGACUGCCUAGGUCAGCUCCCUGCAUCUGGGACAGAGAAUGCAGGCCGGGAUAUAGUCAUCAAGCUCCUAUCGCACGAUCCAAGCAACUACCGUGAUGCGCCUACGGAAGGCAUCCGGCGUAUCCUUGAGGUGGCAACGGGUCGAAAGAUACCUCGCUCGCACAAAAUCUCAACGGAGGAUAUUGACUACAUUCGGCUCUCAACUACUGUCGCCACGAAUGCGCUACUAGAACGACAAGGCGAGCGACAUGCCCUUAUCACCACGAAGGGAUUCCGAGACAUUGUGCAGAUUGGAAAUCAGUCAAGACCCUCGAUCUUUGACCUCGCCAUCCACAAGCCCGAAGUGCUAUACGAACACGUCGUUGAGGUAGAUGAGCGUGUGACUGUGGUUGGCUAUACAUCUCAUCCUAAUGCGAGAGAACACGGCGUGCAGUUCUCGUCUCCAUCGCGCGACGCCUACGUGACCAAGCCGUGGACAGGUCCGGACCGGCCGCCUAGUGCAGCGCCGCCAGGUGCGCCCUAUCAAGCGCCUGAGAUUGUGCGUGGCGUAUCAGGUGAGGCCGUCGCGAUUCUGCAAAAACCAGAUGAGACCAAGGUUCGCGCGCAGCUCGAAGAUUUGUUCGCGAAGGGAUACCGAAGCCUGGCUAUUGUGUUCAUGUUUAGCUACACGUUUCCUGAUCAUGAGCAGCUUGUUAAGCGAAUUGCGCGUGACAUUGGAUUCCCGCACAUUAGCUGCAGUGCGGAACUCAUGCCCAUGAUCAAAAUGGUGCCGCGUGCCACGAGUGCCACAGCAGAUGCAUACCUUACACCGGUGCUGCAAGCGUACAUCGAUGGCUUUUUCAGCGGUUUUGAUUCUUCGCUGCGCGAUGGUAGCGCUGGUACACGUGUCGAAUUUAUGAUGUCGGACGGUGGCUUGACGUCCGUCGAGCACUUCACCGGUCUCAAGUCGAUCAUUAGUGGUCCGGCUGGCGGUGUGGUUGGUAUGGCGCUGACGACAUACGAUGAGAGGGAUGGUCGGCCCUGUAUUGGUUUUGACAUGGGCGGCACCUCUACAGACGUAUCGCGGUAUGCGGGUCGCUACGAGCACGUCAUGGAAACCACGUUGGAUGGCGUCACCAUCCAAAGCCCUCAGCUUGACGUCAAUACGGUAGCAUCUGGUGGCUCGUCGUGCCUGUUCUUCCGCAACGGCCUCUUUGUCGUGGGUCCUGACAGCGCCUCUGCUCACCCAGGUCCUACUUGCUACCGCAAAGGAGGCCCCUUGGCCAUCACAGACGCAAACCUUGUGACCGGUCGUCUGGCGAUCGAGAUGUUUCCCCGUAUUUUUGGCCCGAAUGAAAACGAGGGUCUGGAUAUCCAUGCAUCGCUCCAAGCAUUCGAGGCUUUGACGACCCAUAUCAACGCCGAGACUGGCCGCACCAUGAGCGUCGACGAAGUCGCCCAGGGCUUUAUACGCGUCGCCAACGAAGUCAUGUGCCGUCCCAUUCGUUCCUUGACGCAAGCGCGCGGUUUUUCCACGUCCAAACAUGUACUGGCGUGCUUUGGCGGCGCGGGUGGGCAGCACGCAUGCUCUAUUGCGCGGGCCUUGGGGAUCAAGACGGUGGUCUUGCACAAGUAUUCGUCGAUUCUUUCGGCAUUCGGCAUGGCUCUCGCUGACCGUGUCUUUGAAGUUCAGGAGCCCAGCAAUGAGACGUGGGAUCACACGCCAGCGACCCUCGAGCGUAUUCAGACACGCGCGGAUGCCCUAGCCAAGCGUGCCCAAGACGAGCUCCUCGCGCAAGGAUUUGCCCGCGACCGCAUCCACCUUGAAGUGUAUUUGCAUAUGCGCUACGAUGGUACAGACACAGCGCUUAUGACACUCAAGCCCGCUGACAGUUGGAACAUGGAGUCGGUGUUUGUCGAUACGUAUCGUCAAGAAUUUGGGUUUGUGCUGUCGAAUCGGGCGAUCCUCAUUGACGAUAUCCGCGUGCGUGCCGUCGGGCGGACAUUUGAUUCGCUUGGUCCGUCUGUCCUAGCAGAGCACGCCGCUCAAGGCACGCGUUAUGCGCAUGCCAAGGCCCUAGACACCGCGUCACAGCGUCCGGUGUAUUUUGAUGGAGAAGGCCGCUUACCCACACCGAUCGUGCGCCUGAAAGACUUGUCCGCCUUUGAAUAUGUGCCAGGCCCGGCCAUUUUGAUCGAUGAAACACAGACCAUUCUCGUGGAGCCGCGUUGCAUAGCGCACAUUUUGACUCAGGCUGUUCUCAUCGAGAUACAGUACGACGAAGGCCGUCCGUGA